AAAUGAUUGGACGGCGAGACACGUUCUCAAAUAACAUGAGUGAAAAAGUUAACUCAGUUUGGUGAGAGUUCCAUUUUUUUUAGUAAAUGACAAUAUUUACCAAAGACGAUUAGCCAUUUUACAGUGCAGAGAAAAAUAGAAAAAUAAGUAGAAAAAUAACAACUACAAUGUCACUUUGCAAAGAGCAAUUAGUUCAUGAAGAAAAGCAAGAAGCAGUCUUGAGUACACUGGGGGACACUGGAAAGAAGUCCAGAGCGGUCUGUGGUGUUUGUAGUCGGACGUAUCGAGACCCUAAAAUCCUGCCCUGCUUGCACACGUUCUGCGCGGACUGCAUUCGCCAGCUCGAGCCGUUUUCUGUGCGUCGCGUGAACGGGGAACGACGUUCGCCAGAAGAUGACAUGCAGGGGCGCAACUCUGGCUCAACAAUCCUGUGUCCUGAGUGCGAUUCAGAGGUGGAUCUGCCCCCGUCCGGUGUGGAUGGGCUGACCAUUGACCAUCUUGCGCUGGACGAGGUUUUCGCGGAGACCCUGCUGGUGGACUGCAGGGUUUUGUGCGACUUGUGCAGCGAAAGUGACGCGGGGAAGCGCUGUGAGGUGUGCUGUGUCAAUCUCUGCGACUUCUGCAGUCAGGCCCACAGGAGACAGAAGAGGACCACCUCUCACUCUAUCCAAAGCCUACAGGAGCUGAAAUGUCAGGGUCGUCUCACUAGACCCGUCUUGUGCUCACUGCAUCCUGGCCAGGAGUUACGGCUCUUCUGUGAGUCCUGUGACUUCACCGUGUGUCUGGAGUGUGCGGCCACCUUUCACCGUGACCACCACUGUAGCUCUGCCCAUGAAGUCAUCAGUCAUCAUGGCGAUCGCAUCAGGGAUCUGGUUGUCAGGAGCUUAAGGCCCCGUCUUGUUCGUCUGGAGGACUCUCUGAGACGCGUGGACACUUCCCAAGAGAUGCUGCAAACACGGACUGAUACAUUGGCGGGUGAGAUCCGGGCGUUUGCUCGGAGCUAUGCCAGCGCGGUGGAGGCACAUUGCUGUUCACUACUGCGAUCACUGGAGGACUUAAGGUUGCAGCACAGGAACCAACUCCAUCUGCAGAAAGCUCAGCAGCAGCAGGCCUUGUCUGACGUCCGUGGUGGGGUGGACUUUGCAGAACGCCUGCUUACGUGUGGUUCUGACGCUGAAAUCCUCAGUGCCAAAGGAGUUACUAUGAGGAGACUGAUGAACCUUGUGGAGUCGGGAUUCGACCCACACCCAACGACGGUCGCCCAUGAUAAUGCCAACAGCAUCUGUUUCCUUCCCCAAGAGAGUGCUGGGGAGGUGCAGGGAUUUCCUGUGGUGGGAGUCAUACAUGCCAAGACUGUGGAUCCCAGCAAGUGCACGAUCCAGGGAGAAGGUGUGGAAGGAGGUCGUGAAGGCCAGAGGGGAGAGUUCACUCUGGUUUGCAGGGACUCCUCCGGAGAGCAGAUGGGCCAAGGUGGAGACCCCGUGCUGGUCAGCAUAGGGGGAUGCUCUGUGGAGGCGGCUGUGGUGGAUAAGGGUGAUGGUUCCUAUGGUGUGUCCUACACCCCAGCUGAAGCAGGUCUUUACUCUGUGUGGGUCUGUGUUAAAGCACAGGACGUCAAGGGUUCACCAUUUGUGCUAAAUGUGAAAAGGAAGUUCAGAUGUCACCGUGGCAUAUUCCAUUGUUGUUCCUUCUGCUCCAGCGGGGGCACUAAAGAGGCACGCUGUGGCUGCACAGGAACUAUGCCAGGAGGGUUUCAGGGUUGUGGACAUGGUCAUACAGGACACCCCGGUAAGCCCCACUGGUCAUGUUGUGGGAGUGUAGUGGAGGCCUCAGAGUGUAUUCUACAUAACCUGGGCAGCGUUUCUCCUCGUGGACACCUCAGGACUGUGGAGCUCUGAGACAAACAGCAAAUAUACACUCUAUCUGAUCAACAUAACCAUAAACUCAUGCACAUACUUGAAUCUUCUCAACCAGCCUAAUUCACAAUGAAAAAUCAGAUUGUGCUUUUCAUGUUGCCCUUAUUCAUACAGACUUUAAGCCUUAAUUUGUGUGAUAAAUCUUUUUUGUUGUUUCAGCAGUGCUAAUAUUCAGAAUCAUGGCAGUCUCAUAAACUGCAGUAGGCAAAGUAUAUUUAAAAUUGUGUUGUCUAUUGUGCAUCGUGCCAACACUAAAUACUUCAGUACUGUCAGUAUUGUAAAAAUUUAAUUAUUUUCUCUACACAUUGUAGUUAUUUUUAAACACUGUAAAAUUUUAAUGUCUGUGGCAUUUUGUAGUUCCGUAUUUUAUCAUAAUCAGCAUGUUUCCUUUGAUAUUACCCAGCUAUAUGACCAAUGAGGUAUGUGUUAUUAUAAUGCUUUAUUUUUAUAUGCUCCAAAAGCUGCCUUUGUAAUUUUAUGCAUCUAUUACAUUUCAGUUGUUUUUGUAUACGCUGCAUCGGUGCCACAGAUUAAACAACACUUACCUCUCCACUUGUGUGGUAACUAAACUGGCACUUUUAAGAUUAUAAUUUUGAUUGUUAAUGUAAUAUGUUUUGCAUAGUGUAUACUCUGUGUAGUGUGGUCUAUAAAACAUGCAUAUAAAACAUAUUUUAAU